AUGCACACGCUCAACACCCGGCCCGAUCCGUCCUUUUCGCUCCUCUUGUCGCUCCCCAGAGAGCUACGGGACCGCGUCUAUGCAUUUGCUCUCGUCUCAGACUCGCCCUUUUGGUGGCCAUCCAAAUCGCUAGACGCCGACCACCACAAUGUCAGCACCAGCCUUCUUCGCACCAACAAGCAGGUGUAUAGCGAGUCAAUCGACAUUUUGUACUCGCAGAACAGGUUCCUGUUCACGCACCCCAGCGACUGCAAUGUGUUCCGCGUGGUCGCAUCUUCCGCUUCCAUCAAUAUAACGAGUGUCUAUUUCCGCAUUAGACAGAAAGACUUGAAGCUGUGGACCGCGUAUCUGGGAAGCAAACAAGCAGAAAGGAGUUUGAAGAACGAUCUCCCCAAAUUGAAGAGUCUGUGGGUGUUUCUUAGGUGUGGCGCCAUGGGGCUGCCUGCUGCGUUUGGGAGUCUGCAAGCUGCGCCUGUGGGUGCCAUGGGAGGACCGGGAGGACAUCCCCAAGCUUUGCCGAUCGCUCUGGGACAGCAGAUGCAUGCCCUCCAGCAACAAGCUGCUGCUGGAGGCAAUCAAGCCCAAACAGGAGGCAAUCAAAUUCCACCUCCUCCGCCACCAGCACCGGCAAUGCCCUUUUUGCAGUUUGCACAAGGCCCCAUGGGACUAGGCGGGCCUCAUCAUGGUCUUCACCAUCACCAGAACCACCCCCCGCAUGUCAACUUGCUUGCGCAACAACAAUUGCAGAUGCACCAGCAAGCCAACAUCCAUCCACCACCACUGUUCCACGCGCCACAUCAUAUCGGGUCCAUGGUAAAUCCACAAGCGAACAGAACAGAUCCACGUGAUCCACACACUCUGUUCUCAACGUUUCUCCGCUUCGAGCGGGAACUGGGUAUUGAAUCGCUCUGCCUGAAUCUUCGUGAUGCUCUCUAUUCCGGCCCAUCCACAUCGAUGAACUUUGAUUCGUCUUCCAGCAGUGAUGCUUCAUCAGUAGCUGGGAGCCCACCAGUGGCACACAGCAACGAGCCCCGACCAGAGGUCAAGAUAGUGUGUAUUGUCCAUAUUCCGCGUAGGAUAAUGGAGCGAGUGGUCGCACUUCACCCAGAUGAGUUGGUUAUAGAUAGCAAAACUCACGAUGCGAGGACGCGGUUCAGGAAACUGCAUGGCAUCGAUGUUUGUAUGGAGUUGAAUGGAUGUCCUCCGCUACGUCCGGGGCAAGAUGCGGCAGACCAUGGUGAUAUGCAUGCGCAUGAGCACUGA